ACUGGUUGAUUUAAAAGUAGUCAAUUGUUAUAACUUAACUUACUUACUAAUUUGGUUUUUUUUUUUUUAUCGUAAGCCUUUAUUUAAAAAUGUUAUGGCUCAACAAUUAAUAUGUGAAACAACAGUAAAUAUUACAAAUGCAUACAUUUACACCAAAAGAAGUAACAGGAGAGAAAACAAAAGUGAAUGAUUAACAAUUAGUAAACUUCAAUAAAUUUCAUUGAAAAAAUUAAACAAUAAAAGCUAAGAUUUCUCAUUAAAUAUUUAUCAUGGAAUCUGACUCAAUACAUGAAAUGUAUCAUAAAGAACUUGUACGUAUUUAUGAAAAGCAUAGAACUGAACUAGAUGACACUGAUAAAAGACAUCGUGAUGAAAUAAAACAAAUAUUCACAGAAAAUAAUAUAAACAUUUCUAAAUUGAAACAAAAUACUAGAUCUGAAUAUCAAAAAGAAUUGAAAAAGAUAAAAGAAAUUUAUGAACAAGAAAUUGAAAAACUUAGAAAUAAAUUUGAAAGUUUUCAAAAUAGUUUAAAAGAUUGUGACUUAGAUACGUUAACUAAACGUAUUGAAGAAAAUAUUACAAAAACACAAGCUAAACACAAUAAAACUUCAAUUAAUUCUCCAUUCGAUGGUAUAGAAAAACCCGUAUCCUUAGAUUCUUCAGACAUAAAUAAUUAUAGAGAUGUUGGGAUACAGCAUACGGAUAUUAAAACUUCUGAUUAUGAACUAUCUCAAGAUAGUAUAGACACAAACAUUAAAGAUCUUAAAGAUAUUAUACAAGAAAGAGAAUUACACAAUAAUAUCACCUUAGAGAAAAAUAAUUAUCCUAAUUGGAUAGUUGCCUCAUUGAAUAAUGCUUUUAUGUGGAUACAAAAACAUUUAAACAGAUUUUUCAAAUUUGAUCCAAAUUUGUCAACUAUGCAGCCAAAAAAUCAAAUAAAUGAUGACUUGAAAUUAAGCUUAACCCAUAUUAAUAAGGAGCUAGAAAAAAAAGAUGCUGUAAUAAAAGAAAUGGAAAUAGAUACUAAAUUUAAAGAAAAUCAAAUUAAAACUUUGAGAGAAGACCAAAAAAUUUUAGAAAAUAGAAUAGAUAGAUUAGUUAAAAAUGAAAUAUUUAAUCAAAAUUACAUUGAAACACUUACCAAUACAAUACAGGAAAACCAAUCUAGCCAACAAAAGAAGCAACUAGAAAUCACUAAAUUAAAUGAUUUGAACAACUAUCUUAAAAAUGUGCUUUCAACAAAUGCAUCCGAAUUGGAUGAAAAAGAAGACAUUUAUCAAAAUAUAAUAAAAAGCUUAGAUUCAAAAAAUGUAAAACUCAAUGAAGAAAAUAUUAGCUUACAGCUUGAAACUGCAAGUAAAAUGUCUGAAAUGAAGAUAUUAAAAGAUAAAAUACAUGACUUUCAGUCUAAAGAACAGAAAAAUGACCUACAGUCCACAACAUGGUCCUUCGGACACGGAUUUUUGGUUAAUAAUUAACGAAAAAUUUUAAUU